UAUGCAUCCCGUCAGUCUACACAUAUCCUAUGACCUUCAGGACGUUCGUCUUUGUGUCCUUUUGCCUUAGGUCACCGUCAGCCUAGAAGGUAUGCUGACGGCAAUAACGUCUCGUCACCAUUGCAAGGCAUUCACCGUCUCCUUUGUUAAGUAUGUGCCGUCAGUCUCUUUUUAGGUCUUCACCGUCGCUCUUGUCCGUUAUGUACCGUCACGCUGGCCAGCAUAAUUUUAUCCUCAUCAUUUGCCCCCUACUCCAUAACUCCGUCACCCUCUGUACUGACGGGCUAUGGAGUUUGUUUUUCAAAAGAGGCAGAAACAUCGUUUGCGUGGAUCUGAGCAUUUAAUGCCUUGGACAGGUGGCUCGUUCCCAUUGGCCUCACUUCUGACGAGAUGUCGCUUCGUCUUCCGCGCCAUUUUUUCCAUAUAUAAACAGCGUUUCCAGUCACUUUUUUCACUAUUUCAUCCUUGCUGAACUUGUGGAGAGACAGACCGUCGAUCACCUUCCGUCAGCUUUAACUUCCGUCAGCUUAUCCGUUGCUGUAGCCGUCCAGAGGGCUUCCAUACCGCUUAUACCCGUCCGCAUAUAACUGACGAGCAGGAGGAGUUCAUCCAUCGGAUUCUAGAAAUUCCUUUGGAGGACCGUAAGUGCAGGGAUUUGAUUACCCUUGACACCCUCCAUCUAUACUGUGGGGGCCCAAAUCCGUCAGCGGAAGCUCGUAGGUUGGAGGAGUUUGCGCGACGUCGUAAGUAGACUUUUAUUUUUCCGUCAGUUUCAUUAUUUCCGUCACUUUUCCUAAAGUGUUUUCUUUUGUGUUGUAGAGAUGGAUUCUGCGAAGCAAAGGAUACGGGCUGCCGCAGCUCGUCAGAAGGAGGAGAGGAAGGCCAAGGAAGCAGGGGGGGAAGCCUCGUCAACCCCCACGGCCGUCGCCAAAGUGGCGAAGAGGAAACCUGACGGGAGUGACGGCCGUCCCUCAAAAAAGCCUGCCGUCACUCCGUCAGUCGAACCAUUGAAGGAAAAGUCCCCUCCGACGUCUGGCCAUGGUGCGGGAAAGGGGGUGAUGACUUCUGCUGGUCCCGUCACUGAGGGUCCGUGCCGUCUCCUAACCCACAAAGAAUAUGCCGUCGGGGAGGUUGAGUCCCUGAUAAAACCAACGGACAUGGAGCCCUGUGAUCAAGUAGGGACGGAGGAUUUAGGGGCGUCGGCCCUCUUUGAUCUCUCCAGGGCCUUGGUUCGUGUCAAAGCCCUCCGUGACCGUUGCGUGGCGAAGGAGGGGGUCGUCAGUCGAGUUCGCAGCCAUAACAAGAACUUGCUGAAUCAGCAGGCUCAGUAUAAGGAAGCCGUCCGUCUUCUUAACCAGGAGCUGCAGGAAGUCAAGGAGAAACUGACGACGAUCAGUGGCGAGAACGUCAAGCUCCAAGGAGAGGUGACGGCUCUGGAGGAGAAGUUACAGACGGCGGGGGCUGACGCGAUUGGACACUUCAAAACGUCGCAGUCAUUUAUUGACUCAUGUGGUCAAUAUUACGGCACUGGGUUUGAUGACUGCCUUCGACAGGUCGCGUCGGCCUUCCCAGAGCUGGACUUAUCUGGGAUUUUAAUGGAUGAUGGAGACGACGUCUCUCUUCAGCCAGAACCCACUCCGGAGCGUGACGGCUCGGUAGUCCUGGCUCAGCCUGCUGCUAAUCCUACAGCUUCAGAUUCUCCAACCGUUAUCGUGGAUGUUGAAGAUCAUCAGGCUGACGGAAAUCCUGCUGACGCUCCUCCUGCUUAA